AUGAUUUCCACGGGAUUCGAGAUCUUAGGAGUUGAUUUUAACACAAAAUACCAAUUCUCAAGCUUUAACUAUUCAAAACAAAUGUCACAUUUCACGAUUAAACUUCUCUAUGGAACGGAUGAAACGGUUGAAUUGCCGCUCGAGAUUGGCUCUGAUGAUAACAUUCAUCAAGUUAAACAAAAAAUAGAAAACAAAUUCAAAAUUAAGAUUAAGGUCCAAGAAUUAUUUCUUGGCGAUAAAAAGCUCGAAAAUGAUCAAACAGUAAAGGGUUGUAAAAUUAGUUUGGAUGAAAAAAUCAGACUCGUUAAAAAGGCUGAAGGUUCCAUGCAAGUGUUCAUUAAUGAUACUAGUGACAAUGGCAAAUCAACAGCUAUUAUCAUCAAACCAACUAGUACCGUACUUGAAUUGAAACAAAACUAUGAUAAGAUUCCAAUAGAAGCUCAAAGGCUUAUAUUUCAAGGCAAACAGUUAGAAGAUCAUAAAAAACUGUCAGAUUACGGAAUUGUAAACGAGUCAGAUAUUAAUCUUGUUGCAAGAUUACCCGGAGGCCUUUAA